AUGGAGCGCAAAGAAUCCCCCGCGGGUCCGUUUACUCCGCCUCCGACCGCUCAGCGCUCCGUUUAUUUCGCCGGCCAGAAUCCGAGUCAGAGCAUGUACGCGCAGGAACGGCAGUCUUUCUUCAAUUGUAAGCGAAGCCCGCAAAUUCCCUGAUGCCAUUAUCACCGUUCAUUUUUCAGCCCGCCGGCCGCGUUCGCAGCCCGUAGACGCCGCCAGCAAAGAGCCAACCGCUGCUCCGCCAACUGCUCCGCUCCAAAACAAUACUCCGUCGGUGUCGCCGGACAUCAAGGUGGACUCGUCGGGGAGUCAAGCCAACCCACCGCGUGGCGGAUGGUUCGGCUACAGGCAUCUAUUUUCGGAGUAUUGCUACAAUAAACCGGAGCCGGUGAACUUGGGCCGAACCCCGGUGGUGAAGCAGGAUCGCAUUACCGAAUCGCAGGGAGACGAUUCUGGCGAGACGUCGGGCGAAGAAACGGGUCCGGGGUCCGCUGAAAAGGCUUUGAUACCGGUAGGUGAAUUUGAGAUGCCUUUGCUAGGAAAUGGACAUUUUAUACGACGAAACUUGUUUACGAAUUAACAGACAGGUUUCAUCGUAUAAAAUGUCUUUUUUGGGCCUAUGCGGUAUCAAAAUAGUGAAAAUCUUGAUAUGAAAAAGAGCGUUUUUGUGUACUUUGAAAGGGACAUUUUAUACGAUGAAACUUGUCUGAGAAGUAACGGGCAGGUUUCAUCAUAUAAAAUGUCUCUUUACACUAAAGCUUUAUGAGCACAGGGAACAGAUCUUAAUGCAAAUAUAAGCGCUCUUUGUACUUAAAAAAAGGGACAUUUUAUACGAUGAAAAAUGCCCAGAAAUAUGUAGGAAGUUUUCAUCGUAUAAGAUGUCCCUUGUCAUUUGUUGUGGUAAUAUAGUAUCGAAACAUUUGUUUUCAGGUGAGAUCUCACGAUUUUCGCCGAAGUUCGAGCGAAAGUUUGUCGAAUUGGACCGAUCGCGACAGCACCAACAAGACCUUGAUCUUGCCGGACGGCUCUGUGGGCCCGGCUGGGCCGCCACUCUCGGCCCAGGGUGGCUUCGCUUCAAACCAGACCGAGUUGAACUCGCUGAAAAUCGACCAUGAGCAGGGAAGACAGGUAAUGGAACAAUGAAGACUCGUAUGCCAGAAAACGGACAUUUUAUACGACGAAACAUGUCUGGGAAGCAUCGGACAGGUUUCAUCGCAUCGUAUAAAAUGUCACUUUUUUGACUCUGGCUUUAAAAGAUCUUGAUGUUGAUAAGAGCGCUGGAUUCUGUUUAAAAAGAGACAAUUUAUACGAUGAAACGUGCUCAGGAAGAUAUAUGCAGUUUUGAUCGUAUAAAAUGUCCCCCUUAUCAACGAAGUUUCAGUACGACUUCAUCAAACCGUCCAGUGAGUACUUUGCGGGUCGUGAGAACGCCCGUCCCGUCCAUCCGCCACGCGAUUCGCGCAUCUUUCCCCCCGAGACACAUACUCUGACCAGCGAGCCGAAGGCCACUUCCAUGUGGAGCAAACUGUUCAGCCUGUGGAGUCAUUCGUCGUACGGCUCAAACAAGUGA